GUGACAAGAAAGUGAUGCCCGUAUCAUUUACCCUCAGCUGUUUGUUUCAGUACACGUUCCCUGUUAUUUAGAAGCCAAAUGAAAACGCUCAUGUUCUGCUGCAUCACACCAGGAAACCUGUGUUGUUCUCCGAUAGACCUAUGGGGGUAAUGACCAUAAAGGUGAAGCUGUAAAGAUCCUCAAUCAUGGCUCCUCCGUGGACUUUAUUUUGUUCUAAUCCAAAUAGUGAAAAAAAGGAAGUGAUGGAAGUAGAUUCCAGUAAGAGAACUGUGGAUAAGAUGGACGAUAAAAUGAAGAUGAAGCAAGAAAUCACUCUGUUCAAUGGAGUCACCUUAAUAGUCGGAAACAUGAUUGGAUCUGGGAUCUUUGUGUCUCCAAAGGGCGUCCUCAUGUACAGUGAAUCCUACGGACUGUCUCUGCUUAUCUGGACACUGGGAGGAAUCUUCUCUAUGUUUGGUGCUUUGUGUUAUGCAGAACUUGGGACAUCUAUUAUAAAGUCUGGGGCCAGCUAUGCUUAUAUACUAGAGGCCUUCGGAGGAUUUAUUGCCUUCAUCAGACUCUGGUCUUCAUUAUUGAUCAUAGAACCCACCACACAGGCUAUUAUUGCAAUAACAUUUGCUAACUAUAUUGUACAACCAAUCUUCCCAUUUUGUGACCCACCUUAUGCAGCAGUCAGACUCAUUGCGGCAGCUUGUAUAUGCACUUUAACAUUCAUCAAUUGUGUCCAUGUGAAAUGGGGAACAAGAGUUCAAGACGUCUUCACCUAUGCCAAGAUCCUGGCUCUCCUCAUGAUCAUCUCUGUAGGCCUUGUGAAGAUCGGCCAAGGUGAAACUGCAAAUCUACAAACUCCAUUUCAAGACUCCACCACUAAUGUGGGAUUCAUGGCUCUUGCUCUCUAUUCUGCUCUUUAUUCCUAUUCUGGAUGGGAUACGCUGAAUUUUGUUACAGAAGAAAUGAAGAAUCCAGAAAGGAAUCUCCCCCUUGCUAUCGCUAUUUCAAUGCCGAUAGUUACCAUAGUAUAUCUGCUGACCAAUAUUGCCUACUAUGUGGUUCUGGAUAUGGCAGCUGUCCUCACAAGCGACGCAGUGGCUGUGACAUUUGGAAGUGAAGUGCUUGGCCAUGCCAAAUGGCUUAUCCCAAUAGCGGUGGCAAUGUCUUGCUAUGGUGGACUAAACUCAUCCAUCAUCGCUGCUUCAAGACUUUUUUAUGUUGGAGCACGUGAAGGUCAUCUACCAGCAAGUCUGAGCCUGAUUCACCUGCAAAAUUAUACUCCUGUGCCAGCCCUUAUAUUCAACGCAGUGAUGGCGAUAUUAUAUCUGUUUGUGGAAGAUGUUUUCCAGCUCAUAAACUACUAUAGCUUCAGCUACUGGUUCUUUGUUGGACUUUCUGUCGCUGGAUUAAUAGUUUUGAGAAUAACCCAGCCUGAAAGGUCACGUCCUGUGAAGGUCAGCCUCUUCUUCCCCGUCGUGUAUUGCCUCUGCAGCCUCUACCUUGUCAUUGUCCCUCUCUAUAGUGAUUCUAUUAAUUCACUGAUCGGUGUUGGAAUCGCUCUGACUGGUAUUCCUGCCUACUUUCUCGGAGUUUACCUGCCUCUCCAAAAGAGACAAAAACUGCUUCCAUGUAUUAGUGCUUGGAUGACAAAAUACAUUCAAAUUCUCUGUAACUGCUGCCUAACUGACCUGGAUGAAGACAAGAAAUUAUGAGGCCCAAUGUUGCUGAAUUCUGAGUUACUGACCGGUUCCUGGUGAUGGAUUGUUACAACUUUAUACUCGGACAUUAACCCUGUAUACUUUUUUUUUAAUGUAAUUAAAAACUUGUUUGAUUUUUGUUUUAAAUAAAAUUGACAUUCACAUUGUAUUCUUGUAUUCAUUUUAUGCAAGGGUGUAACCAUAGACAUGCACGACCUAUAUGGACCUGAUGAAGUGUUAAGUAUUAACACAAAAUGCAUUGUCUGUACAACCACUGAAUACAUGUUCAAUUUUUUCCCCUUUUUGCUUCAUUUUUAUAUAAUAAAAAUCCUCAAACAUCUCAAGCAUUCAGACUUCUCCCCAUUAGAGGUCUCAGAGUUCCUUUCCAAUGUGAAAUCCGCUUUCUCCUUGGUCUCCACAUCCUAAGACAGUUUACCUUUACAUAUGAUGUCAUAACAGUUACCACUCUUCAUGAAACCACGUUUACACACUUCUGUAGACAGAAUCUCCAAUAUCAUUUUAAAUCUUUUUGGUUGAUUCCGAUGAAUGGCUCCAUAUUACAGAGAUAUCCUCCUCCAUGGCCACCUACAAUACCAUAGGACAUAGGAUGGCCUUGGAAUACUACAGCAUUACUACAAGCAAAUAGACAUUACACUUUGGUACCGGUCAGGUACUCCAAUGCAGAUGACAAGCAUUGAAAUACAUUUUAUUCCUAGUCAGCCCGACUAGGAAUAAUGUGACUUCUAAUAGUCCAUUGCCCAACGGACACCAAAGGACCCCAUUCACUUAAAUGGGGUCUUUCUGGUUUCCUUCUGGUAUCUGUUUAAUAGCAGGUUUGAGCAGAGAAAAGAUUUCUGCUUGCAUUCUUUUUCUCCACUCAUGUCUUUCUAUUGGAGUGGAUUCUGUGAACGGCGCUCGAACUCAGAUGUGCACUUAGCCUUACGUUUUGGAGCAAAUACUAACAAUGUUAAUCCAAAAAUAAAUUUCAACUACUCUUCAUGCCAAUCUGUGUCACUCUACAAAAUUGUACAGACUAUUGGCCUAACACAUAAAAAAAUUCUAGUGUUACAGUGUGGAAAUAUAAAAAAAACAUGCAGCGAGGACAAAGAACAGACAGGAGCCGCACUCACCAUC